AUGGCCGCCGGCGGCGCCAUGCGCCCUGGCGUCAUCUUUGAAUGCGUUGGCGCGCCGGGCAUGCUGCAGGCAGUUAUCGAGGGCGCGCCGCCGACAGCGCGGGUGGUGGUGGUCGGGGCCUGCAUGGAGGAGGACCAUAUCGAACCGCUCAUGGCCAUCAAUAAGCAGCUCAGCAUGGAGUUUGUCUUCGCCUAUACGGCGGAUGAAUUUGCGCUGACGCUGGAGCGCCUCGCCAGCGGCGCCAUUGAUGCGGCGGCGGCGCUGAGCAUGGAGGUGGCCCUGGCGCAGACACCGGAGGCCUUCCGCCUCGCACAGCAGGCCGGCGAGCAUGUCAAGAUCAUCAUCAAUCCGCAGCGCUGA